AUGGCUACCUCAUCUUCCUUCACCAACCUUUUCUCUUUUUUCUUACCACCAAAGCCACAACCCCCCAUAUUACUCUCUCUCCUUACUUCACGUUUUCCAUCUCAUAAACAGAAAUUCAGUGACAACUUGGUGCCAUUGGUUGCCCAACAUGAUGAUCACUCUUCAAUUUCUGCUACUAUUAUUGCUUCAUUAGACUUGUCCUAUGUGACAUGCCCCUCGCUUGCACAUGCAAAUACCCUCUUUUUUCGAUCAGCUUACAUUGUGCAGGUGAUUGUGGAUGGCAACGAGCUAGAGGAGAGGUUUCUCAACGGGUUCCGAAGAGACGUCAUGAAAGCUAGUGUCAUACAAGAGUGCAAAAGGAUAAAGUUCUUUGAGAACAAACAGGAUGAGAAGAAGCACAAGUCCCAUGAGGCUCCUAAGCGUAAAAGCAGAAGCAGGCGCCCUCAAUUGAGAUCUCCAAUGCAGAACAAGCAAGAUUUUCCAACAACCAAGAAGGAAGAGGAUGUUGAUCACUGGGAUAUGCCUAAAGGAGACAGUUUCUUCUCCUAUGGAGUUACUGAAAUCCUUGACCUCAUUGGAACUAGACUGAAUGAUAUAAGGGUUAGACACAGGGUAUUCAAGCUAGGACAAAGUGAGUUAUUAUCAGCAUCUAGGUUGUUUGUCAGUGACCAAAUAGCUUAG